AUUUAGUAGUACUAUUUACUUCCUCUGUUUUUGGGACGGGAGCACUAUAAAAUAUAUCUGGAAGAAUAUGAACAAAUCGAAAGCGGAGGUAAUGGAGGCUUAAGAACGGGAUAUAUAAGAUAUAACCAUGAAAGUUGAAGGAGUCACAGAUUUCAAUCCGAUUGUUCAGGGACUCAAGCUCGGAGGAAGAACAAGGUUUCCACAAUCUGGGCUUCGCUUGUUAUCACUGGCGGGAAGUCUUAUCGGUGCUAUUGGAUUAAUUUUUGCUGUGAAAGAUGGCAAAGUUAGAGACUUUGUGAACUUCGGAUUGCCAUGGUUAUCUGAUGACCGUGCUGCUUCUGACAAAAGAUGGGUUGUCAGCGGAUUGCAAAAUCUCGGCAACAAUUGUUUCUUGAAUGUUAUUUUGCAGGCUUUAGCUAGCUGUUCAAGUUUUAAAAAAUUUCUAGAGGAGAUUAUUGAGGAAUAUGAGUCUGGAAUUGGAAGAGUUGAAGAGAAUCCAAAAACACUGCCCCUUGCUGAUGCUCUUGCAUCUCUUCUCGAAGAGUUAUCUGCUGUCCAUAAUGAGGUAUCCGUGCUAAAUCCACGAAAGGUGAUGACUGCAAUGGAUCAUUACGUGCCAAGAUUCAACUUAACUAGCCAACAGGAUGCUGAGGAAGCAUUCUUUCAUCUUCUUUCUUCUUUGAGAGAAGAACUGUUCGAAUGUUAUGUACCCAAUGAUAGCUCCUUGGUUGAUGCGACGACAUCACGAAAUUUCAGAAUAAUAUCUUCAUCAACAAGGCUGAAGGGGUCUGAACAAGAAAGGUGGCGGCGAAGUUUUAUUGGACCUUUUGAUGGGAUCAUUGGCAGCAGUUUAACUUGCCAAAGUUGUUCAUAUCAGAUCUCCCUGGAUUUUCAGUUGUUCCACUCAUUGCAUCUGUCACCGGUGCGCAGCUGUGGUAUUGCAAUUAAUACUGGAUGCUCCUUGGUGGAUUGUUUAAGUAAAUUCUUUGCCUCGGAACAACUUGAGAACUAUUUCUGCACUCAUUGCUGGCAUGUUGCUGCUAUGAAGUACUUAACUGUUGUGAAAAAUCAGGCAGAUACUGAAAAGCUUCAGCAGUGUAACGAGGACGAUUCAUGUGACUGCAAAGAUCUACCUUCUCUUAGACAUUUGCCUUGGUCUAAUAGUUUCUCGAGAACUUUCAAGCAGCUUAUUAUAGCUCGUAGUCCACAGAUUCUAUGCAUUCAUCUUCAACGGGCCUCAGUGAAUCUUUAUGGAGAUUCCAUCAAACUUUUGGGGCACAUUUCUUUUCCAUUGAUUUUGGACCUGUCACGAUUCAUGAAGCGGGUAAAGAACUUGGCUGAAAGUUCACAUCUGGGGGAAACACUAGGUGAAUAUCAGCCAAUCCUAUCUUGUACGGACCAUCAAAGUUUGCAGCUUGAUGCGGAUUCAAAACAAUGCAAUGGGCAGACUGGAAGAUGGAUUUCUUCAGGAACAGAGAUUUCAAAGCAGCAGCAAACUGCAUAUGCAAGCUCUAAAAGUGUUAGCGGUAUCAAGGCUUGCUCGAGUGUGCUUGAAAAUAACACUGCUGCAGAAUUUAUCACGGACUUCAUUCCUAACAAUUUGAAUUACAAGGGAGGUGAACCACUCUCGUCUGAACUUUCCGAAGAUCAAAUGUAUAGACUAGUCUCCGUUGUCCAGCACUUUGGAAAUGUUGGAAGCGGUCAUUACACGGUGUACAGAAGAAUGAAAGCUGAAAGUCGAGAUGAAGAUCCCGUCCAACUGUUAGAACCGGCCCAUGUACAAUGGUUUUCCAUAUCAGAUUCCGAAGUUCAUAUUGUUUCGGAAAAGGAUGUUCUGGAAGCAGAGGCUAGUCUGUUGUUCUAUGAAAAGAUGGUCUGAAACUGAAAGCAUUUUGUCAGAAUAACAUCAUAAGCUUCGGUGGGUAUUUUUCCCAGUAAACCAGUAAACUUCUCCGGAGAUGAUCUUGGACCGGGAAAUAUUUUGCAAGAUUGCUUGCAGAGGUGAACUCUUGAAGAUGACAUCACCAUACCCGAAAAAUAGGUGAGCCCUAACAUUUCAACCAGGCAUUAUAACUGAACAUUUAGAUAUUUUUUUUGGCUUGGACCUUUUCCUUUCAAGAAUUGAGGAGUACAAAUCGUUUCUUCUUUUUCUUGAAGUUUACGCCUCCCAUGUACAGUUAAGUAGAUGUAGGCAUUCUUUUCUUUCAUUAGAUGGAAUGUAAAUAUGUAACUUUAGGAACACAAAUUUGCAAAAAAAAAGUUAUUGUGAAAGAAUUCUUGCUUUCUUCUCC